GCUCUGGACGGCGCGAUGUUGCGGGCGCCGGUGCGUGAGGGGGGCCCCGCCGUCGUCGUUCUUUCGGCCUCGUUUCCGUCUCCGCUCCCUUCCGCUGGCGCCUGCGGCUGCUCGGGUUCCCGGCGAGAGCCAGGUGAUAUUUAACUCUGCCGUCUGUGUUUCAACACUGUUCUCACAAUGGAGUUUCCUGAUUUGGGAAAGCAUUGUUCAGAAAAAACUUGCAAGCAGCUAGAUUUCCUCCCAAUAAAAUGUGAUGUGUGUAAACAAGAUUUUUGUAAAGAUCAUUUCACAUAUGCUGCACAUAAAUGUCCAUUUGCAUUCAAGAAGGAUGUUCAGGUCCCAGUAUGUCCACUUUGUCACAUCCCCAUCCCCAUAAAAAAGGGACAGAUACCAGAUGUGGUGGUUGGUGACCACAUGGAUAGAGACUGCAAGUAUCAUCCUGGGAAGAAUAAAGAGAAGGUUUUUGCACACCGGUGCUCGAAAGGGGGAUGCAAGAAGAGAGAGAUGCUGCAGGUGGCUUGUGCCCAGUGUUAUGGCAACUUCUGUAUUCAGCAUAGACACCCUUUGGACCACAGCUGCAGACAUGCGAGUCGCCCCACCAGCAAUGCUGGGUGCUCAUCGAUGAGAGCUCUGGAAUUGGAGCCAUCAGGAGCUGUAAAUGCCCUGUCUUCUUGGUGGCUAACCCGGCAAUUCAGGUGGAAAGCAAAGCGGUGACAUGACUUUUCUGUUCGUGCUGGCAUGUUAACUGCUGUGUGGGUUACUGCAACUUCAUGGAUAACUUGCACACUCCAGUGCCUUCAUGCUUCUCAAGGCAAACAAUCUGAAACGUGUAAAUUUUUCCAAUGAAAUAAAAAAACUGUUUGGCAAAAUAAACAGAAGGAUAUUAAGUCCUA